AUGCGCAACAAAAACCCUCUCAACCUUCACAAGUCGCUCCCUUGCAUGAGCUGGUCUCCAAAAAACUUGUACAAUGUUUGGAGACGAACAGUUGGACCUGAAUCAGAAGACCUCACGUUCAAAGCCACCACAGAGCAGACGCUGUUCCAACAGAGAUGGCGUUCGAAGGCUGCUGUGCGCGCAUACCACGGAGAAUAUAUCCCUGAAAAGGUUUUCAAACGAUGGUACCUUCCCGACACCAUACCCGAUGUGCGUCCCCGUCGACAGGUUAUUGGAGAUGAUAAAACGGACUUGGAGCAUUACGCCAAACGGAAGACAAGGGUGAAAGAACAGGAAAAGAAAUUGGAGGAGGAAAUUGAGAAGAAGGGUCUUGCUCCAGUCGGAAGCUUGAUGUUCAGAGAGGUUGAGAGGAGGAUGGACGUGUUCCUGUUCAGAUGCUGUUUUGUGCACAGUGUGUACGAGGCGCGAAGGCUGAUUAUUCACGGCUACGUGAAGCUCAAUGGGAAAAAGCACUCCCAUGCCAACACGCGACUAGCCCCGGGGGACAUGGUGUCGGUUGAUCCUACUGCUAUUCGAUUCCUCAAAACGCCAUACGGUGCUAUGGAGCGUAUUACUGGACCUGUACCUAAAACUGCUAAACCCGCCGCCCAAAGUGAAGCCUCAGAAUCUGAUGCUGCGAAAUCAGAGGAGGAUCAGACCACCAAGUCAGAAGAAACUGAGGCAACUAAAGGAGAGGAUGCUGCGACCAAAGCAGUGGCUAAAACCGAGGAACCGUACGUUCCAUACUACAAACGCCCUCCUACGCCAUUCUACCUUCCCGAAUAUGCCUCCCCUUGGCUCUUCAUUCCCGCCUACAUCGAAGUGUCCUUCAAGACAUGCUCUGCUAUCUAUGUGCGCCAUCCCACCGCACGACCAGGUUACUCUGAAAUCCCUACUCCUUACGAUGCCGACGGCGCUGUCAUUCGAUAUGCCUGGGAGUGGUACGUGCAACGCCGACCACGCAUGAGGUCCCAGAGUCAACGCGCUCGUAUGCCAAUGGACAGAGUCGUUGAGCUCGAGAAAUCCCUGAACAAGGACCGACGUGCGUUCACCUUCAGCAAGGAGCUUUACGAGAAGAGCAAGAUCAGUUGGAGACAUGAACUUCCUCAAGGGUUUAAUGCAGAGGAGUGGCUGAAGACCCAUGCCAAUAGGCGGUGGGUACAAUACUGGGCGAAGAAACAGGAGAAGCUGCGCUCAUCACAGCCAGCAAAACGGGUCCGCCCACUGAAGCUUGGACCUUCUGCACCUGUUAAGGCUUUGGUAGACUAA